AGUCUUGAAUCAUAUCAGUUCAUGUAUGUGUGCAUUCUCUACAAACAGUGUGUCUAAUGAAAGCAGUCAUUAAUAAACAAAUAUUCACAAGACAAAGACCAAAUCAAUAAAUGUUGGCACCCACCAUUUCUAGUUUUAAGUCCACGCUAAAGACCCACUUAUUUUCUCUAGCCUUUUCAUGAUUGCCCAGGGUUUUAUGUCUGUUAUAUCUUAUGGUCUAAAACUGGCUAUUUUAUUUUAUUUUAUUUUUGUAAUUCUUAUUUUAGUUUCUUGUACUAUCUUAUUGUGUAUUUUUUAAGCGUAUCUGAAAUAUCAAACGCACUGUGAAUCACUUUGGUCAGCCGUGUGGCUGUUUGUAAAUGUGCUAUAUAAAUAAACUUGAACUUGAACUUGAACUGGAACUCUAUGGGAAAAAUAAAGGUCAUUGGUUCAAAACCCAGGUCCACCAAGUGGACCUGAGCAAGGCCUUUAACCUUAAUUGCUCAGGUGUGUAAACUGAAAUUAAAAAAAAGGAUAAGAUUGUCUGCUAAAUGCUGUAAUUUGUUUAUUUCAGAGUAAGGUGUGUGAUGGCCAGCAAUGGAAAAAGCAUGCAGACACAUGAACAAUAUGAUGAUGAGGUGUUUUACGUGGCUGUUGCUCUGAUGUUUUCCAAGAAGAGCCCUGAUCCUAACACAAAGGUGGGUGCGUGCAUCGUAAAUGAGGAGAGAAAAAUUGUUGGAGUCAUUUUCAAAGCAAUGCCCGAUGGCUGUGAGGAUGAGUUUCCGUGGGAUCUUGAAGCUAAGGACAAACCGGAGCCAGAUAACCUGUAUGUGUGUCAUGCGGAGCUGAAUGCCAUCAUGAAUAAAACCUCAGUGGAUGUGAAAGGAUGCACCAUGUACGUCACUCUGUUUCCCUGUAACGAGUGUGGUACUGUAAGGUCAUCUUCCAGUCAGGUAUAAAAGAGGUGGUUUAUUUAUCCAAUAAACAUCCUAAGUUUGACAAAACAAUAGCUUCUGACCGAAUGCUGAAUGAAGCAGGUAUUGGGCAAAGGCAGUUUGACUUAAAGCAGGAGGUCGCUGACUUGCUGAACUCCAUCGAUCCCUUUGCUGAGUGAAUAAGACCAGGACGGAGCUCUUCACCACAUUUAACGUUCCCAAAAUACUGAGCGGAAAAAAUCCUAGUGAUGUUCAGUAGACUUCAAAGUAAUCGUGGGUGAAAAUGGCUUAAAUACUUCUAUAUAACUGAAAUCUUUGAUGAACUUUAUAUUUAAUCAAACUCUUGAUUUAACUUCUGAUUAUUUUGGUGGAGGGAAAAUUAAGAUCACUAUAUUAACUAUUUCAAAAGAAUCUGUAUUUACUUUCAAAUGACUGAUUAUUAAUUAUUACUAUAUAACUGU